AUGAUUGUGGCUCUCCCACUCCUGAUCGCGUUUGGCACUCGGGUCGCGUUGAAACCAGAAGAAAUCAAUCUUCUGUCGUGCGAAGAAAAGAAAUAUAGCACAGAGAUUCUGUCUAUUGAUCCUCUGAUUAUAUAUAUCAAUGAUUUCAUCUUUGACAAGGAGAUCGAUUAUCUCAUGAAGCUUGGCAAGCGCGUAUCGGUUUAUAAAGCCUUCAAGAAACUUUUUGACAAUGAUCAAGUACGCACAGUCGACAAGCCAUACCGCUCAUCCUCAAGUGCCUUCUUGCCAUACGAAGAUCCCGUCUGCCAGUGCAUCGGGAAAAGAGCUCUGGACUUCUUAGGCUUUGUCGAGCACAAAGCCCACGAGCGGCUACAGCUAGUCCGCUAUUACCCAGGACAGGAAUACAACCUUCACAGUGACUGGUUAUACAACCCGAAAGUUAGUCGUAGUCCCGGAGAUGAGGGACAAGAAUACAACCGGCUGGGAAGCUUCUUCACCUACAUUGGCGGCAACUCGACCGGUGGAGAAACAUACUUUCCAUUCGUGAACGGCGCCAGCUUGACAGCAGACCCUACCAAGUAUGCUAUUUCGUCCAACGGCCAAGGUCUGUUGGUUAAGCCAGUGAAGGGCAGCGCGCUCUUCUGGAUGAACCUUCACCCAAACAACGGGACGGGGAAUGACAAGACUUUCCACUCUGGACUGCCUGUUCAUUCGGGGGUCAAAUAUGGGAUGAAUCUUUGGACAAAACACUACAAGUCUACGCCUAUUCUCGGACCGUAUGAGUCAAAGGAAGACAGAAAAUUUGAGCCCGAGGAAGCUCAUGUUUAG